AUGGCGGACGCUUCCGACGCGCGUAAACUCUUCAUACAAGCCAUACUCUUGCGCCGAUACAUGACCACGCACCUGGCUCAGGCUCUCUGGCACAAAUGUCGCGAGGAUGUUAUGGCUGUCGACGAAAGCGUCUUUGUGCAAGAUAUCCCCUGGGACGAACUAGUAAAGGAGGUCAACCAAUCGUUGAACAGUUUCGAUCUUGAGUUCUCACGUGGCCAUGAUGAGAUAACUGGGGUGGAGAUGUGGGCUUUGGUUAAUCGACGCGAUGAUGAGGUUGCCCAAGUUGCUUCUGACUUAUCACCGUCGGAGAUUACGUACUUCAAAGCUCUGGUUGAAGAAAUUAUUUUGGCACCCGACCACGCGUACAGCAUCUCCUCGAUCGCGGCGAUGCGGGAUCCAGUGAAGCCAGCGAACAUGACCAAACCCGGUGCUGAAACCGUCCUCGCGAGUUUCGUUGCCCGAGGCUGGUUGCUCAAGAGCAGGAAAGGUCAAUACUCCCUGAGCGCGCGCAGCCUCCUGGAACUACGCUCAUACCUUCGCAAGACGUACCCUGAUGAUCUUCUUGAAUGCCAAAUGUGCCUUGAACUUCUCACGAAGGGCGUCGCAUGCCCAACGGGACCGUGCGGUAUCUGGAUGCACGUCCCCUGCUAUGGCCAGUAUCAGAAACGGAGCGGGAAGUGUCCGUGGUGUCAGGCUGACUGGUCAAUCGCGCCAGAGAAGCUUAUCUGUGCCGGUGAGCGCUCCACGAAGGCUGCCAACGACGACGAUGAGGGCGAGCAGACGGGAUACGAGUGA